CUGGCUGGCUGCUGUGCAGUGCUACAUGGAUGAGGGUCUCUGAUCUGAGUUGGGAUAUUCAGAUGACUGCUACAAAUGGUCCACUUCAACGGAUUAAAGAUCUCAGAUUUGCUGUAAGAUGGAGAUUGGACCUGAUGAAGAAGUCUUCCCUGCUUUCUUUGAAACUGUGAAACUUGUCCUGUCCAAGCUCUGGCUCAUCUCUGACACCACCGACCAUAUGUCUUCUUAUAAGCGGGCGACGCUGGACGAGGAAGAGCUGGUGGACGCUAACAACGAGGGUGAGAUCUACCCUAAUGGGGUGCAGGUGCACCUGCGAGGGGUUCGGCGGCAGGGCAGCUGCUGGACGGAGAGGACGCACGUGGAGAAGAGGCUUCUGGUGGUGGUAGCGGUCCUCUGCAUCGGGCUGUUGGCAUGCCUGCUAUCCCUGGCCCUGCAAUACAGGAACGAGAAUCGCGUCUGCCUGUCUGAAUCCUGCAUCCUGGUGACCAGCACCAUCCUGCACUCGCUGGACCAGUCCGUGGAUCCGUGCCAGGACUUCUACAGCUAUGCCUGCGGUGGAUGGAUCAAAGCCAACCCUGUGCCCGACGGGCACUCUCGCUGGGGGACCUUCAAUGAGCUGUGGGAGCACAACCAGGCCGUUAUGAAGCACAUCCUGGAGAACACAACCAUGAACUUCAGCAGCGCCGCAGAGCACAAAGUACAACGAUACUACCAGGCCUGCUUAAACGAGACCAAGAUCGAGGAGCUUGGUUCUAAACCUCUGAAGGACCUCAUAGAAAAGCUCGGUGGCUGGAGUAUCCUUGGUCACUGGGAUAAAGAGAACUUCCAGGAGACCCUACAGGCGGUCACCGCUUACUACAGGGUCUCGCCAUUCUUCACGGUGUUUGUCAGCGCGGACUCCAAGAACUCCAAUAGCAACGUGAUCCAGAUAGACCAGUCCGGACUGGGUUUGCCAUCAAGACAGUAUUACCUGAACAAAACGGCCAAUGAGAAGGUCCUCACCGGAUACUUCAACUUCAUGGUCCAACUGGGAAUGCUCCUGGGCGGAGAGGAGAACCACACAAGGGAACAGAUGCAGGAAAUCCUGGAUUUUGAAACUGCCCUGGCCAAUAUCACUAUACCCCAAGAGGAGAGGCGGGAUGAGGAGCUUAUCUACCACAAGAUCACAGCUGGGGAGCUGAAGGACCUGAUGUCUGUGGUCGAGUGGAUGGCCUUCCUCCGAGCAGUCUUCCAUCCUGUGGAGAUCAAUGAGACUGAACCGGUGGUGGUGUAUGCUAAACAGUAUCUCAUUGAUGUGGCCAAUCUCAUCAACAGCACAGAUAAGAGGAUCCUGAAUAAUUACAUGAUCUGGAACCUGGUGCACAAGACCUGCUCUCUUCUGGAUCACAGGUUCCAGGACGCGGAGGAAAAGCUGAUCGAGGUUCUGUAUGGGACUAAGAAGAGCUGCACCCCACGCUGGAAGUUCUGCAUUGCGGACACCGAUAACAAUCUCGGCUUUGCCCUGGGGGCGUUGUUUGUGAAGUCCAGUUUUGCGGAGAGCAGCAAGACCCGGGCGGUGCAAAUGAUCAAAGGAAUAAAGAACGCCUUUGAGGAGAGUCUGCAGACUCUGAAGUGGAUGGAUGAAGACACUCGCAAAGCCGCCAAGGAGAAGGCUGAAGCAAUCUAUGAUAUGAUCGGGUACCCCAACUUCAUCAUGGAUCCCAAAGAGCUGGACAAAGUAUUUAAUGACUACGACGUGACGCCGGAGCUGUACUUUGAGAACGUUAUGCUGUUCUACAACUUCUCUGCGCGAGUGACGUCAGACCAGCUGCGCAAGGCUCCCAACAAGGACCAGUGGAGUAUGACGCCCCCUACUGUGAACGCCUAUUAUUCUCCUACCAAGAAUGAGAUUGUGUUCCCCGCAGGAAUCCUGCAGGCUCCGUUCUACACCAGCUCCCUACCCACGGCUUUGAACUUUGGUGGAAUCGGCGUAGUGAUGGGACAUGAGCUGACCCACGCGUUUGAUGACCAAGGCCGGGAGUACGACAAGGACGGGAACCUCCGCCCCUGGUGGAAGAACUCUUCCAUCGAGGCCUUCAAGAAGCAGACGGAAUGCAUCACGGAGCAGUACAGCAGCUACAAGGUGAACGGCGAAGCCGUGAAUGGGAAACACACCCUGGGGGAGAACAUUGCGGACAACGGAGGACUGAAAGCUGCGUACCGGGCGUACCGGAACUGGGUGAAGAAGAACGGGGAGGAACAGGUGCUGCCCUCCUUGAGUCUCUCUAAUGACCAGCUGUUCUUUGUAGGGUUUGCCCAGGUCUGGUGCUCCGUGCGUACGUCGGAGAGCUCACACGAAGGCCUCAUCACCGAUCCGCACAGCCCGUCCCGAUAUCGCGUCAUUGGCUCCGUGUCCAACUCCAGAGACUUUUCCAAACACUUUCAGUGUCCGGCGGGCUCGCCCAUGAACCCAACGCAGAAAUGUGAAGUGUGGUAGUGCGGUGGGGAGAGGAGAUUUGGUGAAACCACUGACGGGGGAAGGUGGGGGUACCAGUGUGGAUCCCUGCUCCCCACAACACAUGUUGAGGAGGGGUGGGGUAGUUGGCCAAAGCUGUAAUUACCCCCCUCCCCUUUCAGCAGCUUUUGGGCUGUUGAGUAACUGAGUGCACUAAUCUGUAGACUGACAUUUUGUAUUCUGUGUGUGUAGGGUUCUCCACUAGAAGCGACCCCUAUUCUAUAGCACUGACUUGGUAGAAAUAGGGCUAUGUACGCCUGUGUAAUUCAACACUGCGCUCACUGCGGGUGCCAUAGCCACAUCCAAUCACUUCUUGUCCAGAUGGAUCUGUAUUAUUGUACAUAUUCUAUACAUGUGUAUAUAAAUGUGACUUUUGUA